AUGUCGUCUAAGCAAACUAAAAGAACCGUCACAUCGACGAGCUAUUCUGCCUCAGCUGGGGAAGGAGCUAGUUCCAGCUUUAGCUCUCCUUCCAGCCGUCGCUCUGGCAGACCGCCAUCACCAGCCAGGCUUACCCGCAUGCAAGAACAGGAGGAACUUCAGGGAUUGAACGAUCGUUUGGCAGCUUACAUAGAUAAAGUUAGGAGCUUGGAAUCGGAAAAUAGCCGGCUUGCUUUACAAGUAAGAUCUACCGAAGAGGUUGUCAGAAGAGAAGUGACCAGCGUUAAAACACUCUACGAAUCGGAACUUGCUGAGCUUCGCAAAUUACUUGACGAAACUGCAAGGGAGAAAGCCCGUCUUCAAAUAGAAGCAAAUAAAUACAGGGCAGAAUAUGAAGACCUGCUGGCAAAAUUCAACAAACGGGACCGUGAAGCAAGUGGCUUGGAGCGUCGUGUGCAGGUAUUGGAAAGACAGGUAGCAGAAAGCCAGUCUCGGGAACUGGAGAAGGAAAAUCAGAAUUUGAAGGCCGACUUGGCUAAACUGGAAAACCAACUGGCUACUGCCAGAAAGCAACUAGAGGAGGAGACCUUGUUGAGGGUUGAUUUAGAGAACAGAGUGAAGACUCUCAAAGAGGACCUUCACUUCAAAAGUCAAGUUUAUGAGCAGGAGUUGGAGGAAUCCCGCAUCCGAACUACCACCCACAUUGAAGAUGUUGAUGGGAGGAUUGAGCAAGAGUAUGAAGCAAGGCUGCAGGAUGCCCUGCGUGAGAUUAGAGCCCAGCAUGAUUAUGACUUGCAAUCUGUGAAGGUUGAGCUGGAGACCUUGUAUGAGAACAAGAUCGAAGAUCUGAGAGCACAAGCAGCUAGAAGUAGUUCUUCCACCAGUGCUGCAUGGGAAGAGCUGACCUUAGCACGAAAGUCCAUUGAUGAUCUUCAGGCAGAACUGAGUAGACUCAAAUCAGAGUAUUCUGGCUAUGAUGCUCGCAUACGUGACCUGGAAAAACAGCUGGCUCGUGAACGUGAUGAUUUCCGCAGCAGACUACAGCAGCGGGAUGAGGAAAUCAACCACCUCAGAGUACAGCUUGAAGAUCUCGAAGUGGAGUAUGCAAACUUGCUGGAGAUCAAGAUUAAACUGGAUAGAGAGAUUGAAGCAUACAGGAAACUUCUAGAAUCAGAGGAAACUAGACUGCACUUAUCUGCAUCUGAAAAAUCAACACCCACUACAGGGAGCAGUAAGAAGAGGCGACGUGUGGACAUCGGACAAGCAGUAGAGGAAUACAGUCAGCGCAGUUCUUCUUCAGGUUUCAACCGCUCUGCCACAUCUUCUGGUGGUGUUGAGAUAUCAGAUGUUGAUGCAGAAGGAAAAUACAUUAAACUGACCAACACAACUGAUAAGGACAUACCCCUGAACCAUUGGCAAGUCAAGCAUGUUGCUGGAGAGAAUGAAACUAGACACAAGUUCUCAAAGAACAUUAUCAAAGCUGGAUCAUCUGUUACUCUGUGGAGCUCUGAUUCUGAACAAACUCACAGCCCUCCCCAUGACCUGGUUCUGAAAGGGAAAAAGUGGUUUGUCAGUGAAAACAUGAUAACUACCCUCCUGGACCAAGACGAACAGGAGGUGGCAACAUGCACAAUGACCAGAAACAUCAGGAGUGUGUCUUCCUACAGCCAGAGACGAUCAGGACCCAGAGACGAGACAGAAUCAGGAGAGGAUAAGUGCAUCCAGAUGUGUAAAUCACAUAUCGGUGGGUAUAUACUGGUCUAA